CAUGUCUUGUCGAAGCUAGUAACGCGUUCCUAUCUUGCUUAUCAUUUAUAACUUUCUUAAUGUUCGUUCUUGUAGUCGUAGAAAAAUUGCCAAAAUGCCCGGGCUUAUUGCGUUUUUAAUUUUGUUUAUUAUCAUUCCGUCGCUCGCUUCAUUAAGUUAUCUGUUUGGGCGCGUUAUAGACGGUGACGUCGUGACUAUAACCAAUUAUCCUCAUCAGGUAUCAUUACGGCUUAAACAUUUCGAUAGUUAUCCCUAUUUACAUGAAUGUGGCGGCAGCAUUUAUAAUGAGUGGGUAAUCAUUACUGCAUCCCAUUGUGUUUAUAAAAGAGAAGCGAAUGACCUGAUCGUUGUUGCAGGGUCUGAUAAUAGCGAUGGUGGAGAUGGUGUAGUAUCGCGUGUUGAAAAAAUUAUAUUUCAUGAAAAUUUUGACGUGCAAACUAUGGCUAAUGAUAUAGCCUUGAUAUUUCUAUCAACUCCAUUACCAAUAAAUAAUGUCACUAUAGCUACUUUACUGUUGGCUUCUGAAGAAUUGGCACUUGGUUCCCCAGUUACGGUGAUUGGUUGGGGAUUUACUUCAGCAAGCGGGAGUACUUCCCGCAAAUUACGGAAAGCCGACCUUAAAAUUAGUGAUCCGGUAGAAUGUUCUUCAGCUUACGGUAUUGGUAGUAUACAGGCAAAUAUGUUGUGCGCUGGCGUGCUCGGUGGAGGAAAAGAUGCAUGUAAUCACGAUUCCGGUGGGCCCUUGGUUAGUGGAAACAAGUUGGCAGGCGUCGUUUCAUGGAAUCGUGGUUGUGGCAGACCUGGUUAUCCCGGUGUUUAUGCUAAUGUAGCUUAUUUACAUAAUUGGUUGGAGCAUAAUAUUCAAAAAAAUAGUUAAAGGGCAUAUAUUUUAACACUGAGGUCAAUUCCUAUGGCAAACUGCGCAACGUAACGACACGUUACUUUGCAUGUGAAUAAUAUAUAUAUAUAUAUCUAUAUAUAUAUUCAAUAUAUAUAUAUAUAUAC